AUGCAGGAAAAGCCGACCACGGUCGCGGCCUACGCGGCCGGGGCCUCGCUCGCUGCUGUCGCUCUAUUCUAUGUCUUUGGGCCCAACUACACAAUCGACGGCGACGAAUCCAGCGAUAGUAACCGGAAAAAGAGCAUUGUGGGAUUGUCAAACGUGGCCAAUGACUGCUUUAUCAAUUCGGUGCUGCAGGCUCUAGCAGGCCUGGGAGACCUUCGAGUGUACUUGAUCCGCGAACUUCAUCGGCGCGAACUGGACGGGCCAGAGAUGUACAACGCGGUGCCGAGUCCGGAUGAGCUUUCGCGUGCCGAGCGGCCGGACAAGCUGCGGGAGCUGCAACAGGGUAUUAUCACUCGGGCAUUGAAGGAGAUGUUGGACCGUUUGAACGAGCGUCCCAUCUAUAAGAAGAUCAUCUCGGCGCGCGGGUUUAUCCAGGCAUUGGAGUUUGCAUUCCGCACGCGCAUCAGCCGCAACCAACAAGACGCGCAAGAGUUUCUCCAGAUUGUCCUGGAGCGACUGUGUGACGAAUAUCACGCUGGUGUUCGCGCCAGGCAACGCGCCCUCGGCCCCAUUGCCACGCCGGCUGGCUCAGGCGUCGUGGGAGCAGUGGAGGCUGACGUUGAUGAGAAUACGGCCGAGGUGGAGGUGCGAAUUGAUGACGGAUCGCCUAACGGCCUGCCUGCAAUUAUAGACAACAAGCUGAAGGAGAUCGAUAGCGAAGCUGGAUUCCCGUUCGAGGGCAAGUUGGAAUCGCAGAUUGUGUGCCAGCAUUGCCAAUAUCAGUAUAAGCCGAAUCAGACGGCUUUUGUCAACCUGACACUCCAGGUGCCACAGAAGAGCUCUGCCACGCUCAAUUCGUGUUUCGACGGUCUUUUGAAGACCGAGUACAUUGAUGACUUCCGAUGCGACCGGUGCCGUCUGCAACAUGCCAUUGAACUCAAAACGCAAGACAAGUCCAGAGCCUACUCUGAAAAGGAAAAGGAACGACUCGAUCGGGAAAUCGCGCGUAUCCAGGAGGCAUUGGAAUCGGACCCCGAGAAAGAGCUCGAAGGAAUUGUGAUGCCCCCGGCAGAACUUGCGCCGAAGCGAAAGAUUGCCCGCCACAUGCGUAUUGUGUCUUUUCCAAAGGUCAUUGCAAUCCACCUUUCACGGUCGAUCUAUGACCGCAACAGCUCCACCAAGAAUGCGGCAAAGGUUUCUUUCCCUGAGCGUCUGCCUCUGGGCGGGAUUUUGAACCAGACAUGGUACAAGCUGCUUGCGAUUGUAUGCCACAAGGGCAGUCAUCACAGUGGUCACUACGAGUCCUUCCGGCGCAAUCAUCUCUAUGCACCAUUCUCAACCCCCGAGGCAUUUAGUUCCUACGCACAAAGCCGCGUUGCUAGCGAGACACCCUCGGUAGCUCCUAGUCCCCGACUAGCACCACGGAGUACCCCCGACUUGGACGUUGAAGGUGAAAGCAGCAAUCUUUCCUCGACGAACUCAUCCACGUCGCUCUCAAACGUCUCCCCAGCCUCCCAACUGACCCCUCCCAUGCCCCGUCCCACCACCUCCAGUUCGCGCCGGUCCUUACACAGCACCAACUCCCGCUCAUCCACUCCUCAACCCACCUCAGGAUCAGACAGCAACCAUAGCCCGGCCCCGGAGCAAGGCCGGUUUAGUACUUCGGCUGCUCCCCGCCCAUCACGGACCAUUCCCCGGUCGCCGGGGGACCCUAUCUCCGGCGUGAGUACGCGGCUUCGACGCCGACGCAAGCCGAACGAUCGAUGGUGGCGGAUCUCCGACGAAAAGGUUAAAGAAUGCAAGACCUCGGACGUGCUGGGCAUGCAAAAGGAGGUUUACCUGCUCUUCUACGAGAUGGAGCGGCCCGAUUUUAGCCCCGCGGCUGCGGUUGGGCGGCUGUGA